GAUAUAAAGUAGUAUUUCCAAAUUCAAUACAAAUACCAAGGUAAAUAUACGGCGAGAUAGGUAUUAUUUCCUAUUAUGGACGGUGUUUAUCUCAUGUUCGGUUGAAUUACCAUGGGCAAUAUCAACUGCUUAUAUUAAAGUGAUCAAAUUCCGGUCUGCCGCCUUUUCUCCCAAUAGAGGGAGUAUCAUCCGAAUCACCCCCACAUCACCAUGACAACCAUCCUUGAGCUGACUUGGUUGGUCAAAUCAACAAAGAGGUAAAGGGUAAUCAUACGGUCUGUACUUUCAUUAAUUAAACUCCGCAAUUAAGCCAAAUCCACCUUUCUGCAUACCGAUCAUUUCUGUACGGAGUAGAUUGUUAGACAACUUUCCAGAGCACAGCUUUACUUUUAACUUCAUCGAUUCCUUUUUUCACCUCUUUUCAAUAUCUCUAAUUGACUCGUUGCCCUUCGAAGGGCUGGGUUUGAGAGUUACCUACCAAACAGCGCGCUGAGCAACCAACCUCUUUGAUACUAGUCAAGAUGCCUGGAACAAUAUCAGAUGGACCCUCCGUGACCAUGAGUUUCGCAAAUAACUUUUGGGGGAAGGAUGACGCGGGUGUCGAGCCAUUGAUACAGCGUAUGGUCCACGCGAAACAAACUUGUGAUGAAUUGAAAUCUUUCUAUAAUGCGCGUGCCGCCCUCGAGGAGGAAUAUGCUCGCAAGCUACUCCAAUUAUCACGAAAACCAUUGGGGUCUCAGGAGACAGGAACUCUGCGCCAUUCAUUGGAUGUUCUGAAAGGGGAAGUGGAGGCAAUGGGAAAGGCUCAUCAAACAAUUGCUGGGCAAAUGAAAACAGAACUGGAGGAGCCGCUGGCGGCCUUUGCUGGUGCAAUGAAGGAGAGAAGAAAGAUUGUUCAACAUGGCACAGAAAAACUAUUAAAGAUCAAGGUACAACAGACGAAUCAAGUGAACAAGACUCGAGACAAAUAUGAACAGGAGUGCCUCAAGAUUAAAGGAUACCUCGCGCAAGGACACAUGGUAAUGGGUCAGGAAGAACGAAAAAAUAAAGCGAAGCUUGAGAAAACUCAAGUGAACUUGGCUACAUCUAAUACCGAGUAUGAAAACGCAGUCAAGAUACUCGAGGAAACGACAGGUCGCUGGAAUAGAGACUGGAAACAGGCUGCAGACAAGUUUCAAGAUCUCGAAGAAGAAAGACUUGACUUUAUGAAGAGUAGUUUGUGGAGUUUCGCAAAUAUUGCUUCCACAGUUUGUGUAAGCGACGAUGCCUCUUGCGAGAAGGUUCGCCUAGCACUUGAAGAUUGCGAGGUAGAGAAAGAUAUCAUGUCUUUUAUAAAUGAGAGCGGAACUGGGCAGGAAAUCCCGGAUCCACCAAAAUACAUUAAUUUCUGUCGCGGUGAUGCCGAUUCACAAUCUGAGGCUUCUGAAGACGACGCUUAUUCGGUAGCACAAUUUCAACGAACUAUAAAUCCAGCCUAUAGAAGUUCUUCACCACAACCAUCUACCUACGAAUCUCACCAUGAUCCUCAAUCGGCUCUUGCUAAGGAGCUGGCCCAUGAGGUUGAAACACCGAAGAGUCGAGAGGCAACCAUUACCCCUCAGAAGUUUGCACAAUCAAAUUCAAACCCUGACAGAUCACGACAUGCCCAAGUAGAGGAUUACGAACCAGAGCCGCCUAUACAAGCCCCGCCUGCUCAGUUGGAGUAUCAACAGCCAGGUCGGCCCAGAGCUCAAUCUCAGGCUAGUUAUUCCCAACCGGGCCGAGCUCGCCCCCAGUCUCAAAUCGAUUAUCAACAACCUGGAAGGCAAAGGCAGCAACCUCCACAAGACUAUCAGCAAGCAGAAAGACAACGGCAGCAAACACACAUCAAUCAACAACAACAGGCAGAAAGGCAAAGGAGGUCCGUUGACUAUCAACAAAUCGACAGACAACAACAAAGCGAAAGACAGAAGCAAGCACAAGCACAAGCACAAGCCCAGAUCCAGGCCCAGGCCCAGGCCCAGGCUAAUUAUCGUCAACAAGAACGCCCAAAGCAAGCUCAGCUCGAGUAUAAACCUCAAAUUUUGCAACAGCCUCAACCGGACUAUCAACGCCCUGAUAGCUCCAGGUUACCGAAAAUGGACUGGUCGAAGCCAAUACAAAUGCCUUACGAACAACAGCAAGGUCAAUUGGUUCCAAAACAGGGCCAAAUUGCUCAAGUACCUCACAACCCUCAUCCUACGGAUGGCAUGACAAUGUUGUGUCGAACAGGGCCCUCAGCACCUUCAGAUAUGAGCUCCGCUGCGAACAGCCCAGUCCGCCCAUCCAGUCGGGAUUCCCAAAGCGAUUAUUCAAAUCCUACAUCAUUCUCAAGCCAAGAGCCUCCAAGUGGAAAAUCGUCACCAGUAAAACAAAGCGCGCCGAUUGUUGAGAAGCCGGUCCAGAAGAAAAAGAGUGGAAUCUUCCAUAGCCCCUUUCGAAGAAAGAGCACCAAGAACGGAGAAGAAGUUGCUAUUGCCAAACCAGCCCCGUCAAAUCGCAAUACAUGGUCCGGCCGAAAUACAAGUGUUCAGAGUACCUCAGCCGGGAGACCAAAUUCGAGAAUGAUACAACCAGCGCCAAAAACUAUGAUGCUGACUGAUCGACCCAGCAAUAGCCCAGAGCCCGUUGAUCCACGGGCCAACUUUCAAUUGAAUAUCGGAAACAACGUUUUUGAUGUUGCAGCACCUGAGAAGAAGAAUAAACUUGCUCAAAGCACCCCUACAAGCCAAGCAACAGAAGAAUCUGACCCCAUAGCUCAAGCUCUUGCUGAUCUCAAAGUUGUUACUAAAGCAUCAUCUACUAGGGUAUCUGCAGAUAAAUAUCACGGAGUGGCUACCCCUGCCCCAGAUGCGGCCCCUACAUCCAGACCUAUCGGAUCUCAAAUGACGAAUGGUGCUUUGAUGGCCGGUAUGCGUGGUACACCCCCACCAUCUUACGAUCCAACUCCUGUUGAAAGGCUUGGCCUUCCAUCCCCUGCCUUCACUUCCAAGUCAAUGCAGCAAACUCGCCAAAAGUACGUCGACCAAACAGCGAACAUGUUUAGUCCUCCCCAGCCAAGACCAGAUUCACAGCAAGCCGGGUAUGGCUCACGUCCUGGAACAAGGGGGUCAGAUAUGCCUCGAUCUACUUCACCAGCGGCCGCUCGAAGUAUUUCCCCUCGACCUGGGACGCAAGCCGAAAUGAGACAAGCUGCCUCUCCCAAAUACGCUGGAAGUACACACUCUCGUACCGGAUCUGCCCCUCAGCAAAACCGGGGCUCUGAUACUUAUUAUCAACGGAAUUCACCCAGCAUUUCUACCCGUGGCGUCUCGCCAGCCCCAUAUGCACAACAAGAAAGGCCAAGCAGCAGCCACGUCAAAGCUCCCUUUCAGCAACAAGAGAGACCUAGCAGCAGUCAUGUCAAGGCCCCGUUCGCACAACAAGAUAGGCCUUCCAGUAGUCAUUCAAUGGGCAUGGUAAACAACAGCAUGGCAAUACAACUAGCCUCGGGUCAUGAUGACGGCUACGGCUCUCAGGGACGAAGUGGCAGUAGAGCUAGUGCCGGGUCGAGAGCCAUGAGCCAUUACGGGAGUGGAAGUGAUCAGCAAUUGGCAGCCAGAAGCAGAAGUAAAAGCGUUGCGGAUGUCCGUCAAUUUAACAGUCAAGGUCGUCCUAUUCUACAUUUUGCUCGCGCACUCUAUAUGUAUCAAGCAGCUAUCCCCGAAGAACUUAGUUUUGCCAAGGGAGAUAUUCUUGCCGUUAUGACGCACCAAGAUGAUGGAUGGUGGGAGGCAGAAGUAGCUGGAAAGAAUGGUCGACCAGGUUUGGUACCAAGUAAUUAUCUUCAGAACUGCUGAGCUCAUUCAUAGGUCCGAGAAGCUCGUAGUAGUAAUGAUUGGAUACGAGGUUUGGGAUAUGUUAUGAGAAUUUGUGAGUAUGAUACUUCACGAAAUGAUGAUGCAAUGUACGCAGUUAGAUGAUGGAUGAUGGACUCGGCUUUUUUUCCCCUCACUUUCUUUCUAUUUUUUAUUUCUGAUGCACACAUUACGUGUUAUAUUAUUUUGACUUCUAGCGAGGGGAUGGAGAAGAGGAAGGGUGGUUCUAGGGUUUUUCUAGCCAGCGAGAGCGUUAUGAGGAUGGGUGGUUUUGUGUUAUACCUUUUUGAUCAAUGAGCUUACUGGGUUCUUUUGAUGUUUUUAGUUGAUGUUGCAAAUUGGAGGGGCUACGAGGAGAGCAAUAUUGGAGACGGAAGAUUGAAGAACGUAUGCUUGCAACCACAUAGGCUGAUAUAAAUAUGAUUUUGGUAGCGAGGAAACUAGACA